UAGUGGAUCCGGUUUGUCCCGGGCGCAUCUAGAGCCCGGGUUGGUUGAGGGAAUGCAGGGAGUCGGAUAGUUUGCAGAGGCUGCAGCAGCAUGGUGGGUGCGGAGAAGGAGCAGAGCUAUAUCCCCAAGAUCUUCAAGAAGAAGACGUGCACAACUUUCAUCGUUGACCCCACAGAUCCGGGGGGCACCUUGUGCCAGUGUGGGCACUCCCAGCGUGCCCACCCUCAAGUGGCUGUGGAGGAUGCAUUCGGGGCGGCUGUGGUGACCGUAUGGGACAGUAACUUGCAUACCACGGAGAAGCCCACAGAUGCCUUCGGGGACCUGGACUUCCUGGGCUCCGGCCGCAGGGCCAGCAAUUUCCUCCGACUCUCUGACCGCACGGAUCCAGCUACAGUUUAUAAUCUGGUCACGCACAUAUGGGGCUUCCGGGCCCCGAACCUGGUGGUGUCAGUGCUGGGGGGGUCGGGGAGUCCCAUCCUCCAGACGUGGCUGCAGGACCUGCUUCGACGUGGGCUGGUGCGGGCUGCCCAGAGCACAGGGGCCUGGAUCGUCACCGGAGGGCUGCACAAGGGCAUUGGCCGGCAUGUCGGUGUGGCUGUGCGGGACCACCAGACGGCCAGCACUGGGGGCAACAAGGUGGUGGCCAUGGGCGUGGCCCCCUGGGGUGUGGUUCGGAAUAGACACAACCUCAUCAACCCCAAGGGCUCCUUCCCCGCGAAGUACCAGUGGCGCGGGGAACCAGAGGAUGAGCUCCAGUUUCCCCUCGACUACAACUACUCGGCCUUUCUCCUGGUGGACGACGGGACGCACGGUCGCCUGGGUGGUGAGAACCGCUUCCGCUUGGGCUUCGAGUCCUACGUCGCCCAGCAGAAGACGGGCGUGGGAGGGACUGGAAUUGACAUCCCUGUCCUCCUUCUCCUGAUUGAUGGUGAUGAGAAGAUGUUGAAGCGGAUCGAGAAUGCCACCCAGGUCCAGCUCCCCUGCCUCCUGGUGGCCGGGUCUGGGGGAGCUGCAGACUGCCUGGCAGAGAUUCUAGAAGACACUCUGGUUCCGGGGAGUGGAGUGGGCAGGAGACGUGAAGCGCGAGAUCUGAUUAAGCGUUUCUUCCCCAAAGGAGACCCUGAGGUCCUGCAGGCCCAGGUGGAGAGGAUUAUGACCCGGAAGGAGCUGCUGACAGUCUAUUCAACUGAAGAUGGGCCUGAGGAAUUUGAGACAAUCGUUUUGAAGGCCCUUGUCAAGGCCUGUGGAAGCUCUGAAGCAUCAGCUUACCUGGAUGAGCUGCGUUUGGCUGUGGCUUGGAACCGUGUGGACAUUGCCCAGAGUGAACUCUUCCGGGGGGACAUCCAAUGGCGGUCCUUCCACCUGGAGGCCUCCCUCAUGGACGCCCUCCUGAAUGACCGGCCGGAAUUCGUUCGCUUGCUCAUCUCCCACGGCCUUAGCCUGGGCCACUUCUUGACCCCGACGCGCCUGGCCCAGCUCUACAGCGCAGUGCCCCCCAACUCGCUCAUCCGCAGUCUUCUGGACCAGGUGUCCCACGGUGCAGGCACCAAAACCCCAGCCGUCAAACCUUCUGCGGAGCCACGACCUCCCAGGGUGGGGCAGGUGCUGCGGAUGCUGCUGGGGAAGACGUGUGCGCCCACGUUCCCAGCCGGGGGCACCCAUCGCGGUGAAGGCAGCCGGGAGAAUUCACACCUGCUGUCGGACAAGGCUACCUCAGAACCCCGGCUGGAAGCCGUCCCCGGGCAGGCUCCCUGGAGCGACCUGCUCCUCUGGGCGCUGCUACUGAACAGAGCUCCGAUGGCCGUGUACUUCUGGGAGAUGGGUUCCAAUUCCGUGGCCUCAGCUCUUGGGGCCUGCUUGUUGCUCCGAGUGCUGGCUCGCCUGGAGACUGAGGCGGACGAGGCGGCAAAGAGGAAGGACCUGGCAGCCAAGUUUGAGGGGCUGGGUGUUGACCUUUUUGGCGAGUGCUACCGCAGCAGUGAGGACCGGGCCGCGCGCCUGCUCCUUCGGCGCUGCCCACUCUGGGGAGAUGCCACCUGCCUCCAGCUUGCCACGCAGGCGGACGCCCGGGCCUUCUUCGCCCAGGAUGGGGUACAGUCUCUGCUGACACAGAAGUGGUGGGGGCACAUGGACAGCACCACGCCCAUCUGGGCCCUGGUUCUCACCUUCUUUUGCCCCCCACUCAUCUACACCAACCUCAUCACCUUCAGGAAGUCGGAUGAGGAGCCCACGCAGAAGGACCUGGCGCUUGACGAGGACGGGGGCACCAAUGGGGAAGGGCCUGUCGGGCCAGCAGACCCACCUGAGAAGAUGCCCUUGGGGAUGCUGAGGCGGCCCAACCACAGGAGCUGCUGUGGGGGGUGCCCCCCGCGCCUGCGCCGCUGGCCCCAGUUCUGGGGGGCGCCGGUGACGGCCUUCAUGGGCAACGUGGUCAGCUACCUCCUCUUCCUGCUGCUCUUCGCCCGCGUGCUGCUCAUCGACUUCCAGCCCGAGCCUCCCGGCGCCCUGGAGCUGCUGCUCUACUUCUGGGCCUUCACGCUGCUGUGUGAGGAGUUCCGCCAGAGCCUGAGCAGCGGCUGGAGCAGCCUAGCCUUGGGGGGCUCCGGGACAGACUCCCACCAGGCCCCGCUGCACCGCCGCCUGCACCUCUACCUCUCCGACACCUGGAACCAGUGCGACCUGGUGGCCCUCACCUGCUUCCUGCUGGGCGUGGGCUGCCGGCUGACCUCGGGCCUGUAUGACCUGGGCCGCUCUGUCCUCUGCCUCGACUUCAUGAUCUUCACGCUGAGGCUGCUGCACAUCUUCACCGUCAAUAAGCAGCUGGGGCCCAAGAUCGUCAUCGUGAGCAAGAUGAUGAAGGACGUGUUCUUCUUCCUCUUCUUCCUUGGCGUGUGGCUGAUGGCCUACGGGGUGGCCACGGAGGGGCUCCUUCGGCCCCAGGACCGUAGUCUCCCUAGCAUCCUGCGCCGCGUCUUCUACCGGCCCUACCUGCAAAUCUUUGGGCAGAUCCCCCAGGAGGACAUGGAUGUGGCCCUCAUGGAGCAUGUCAACUGUUCAAGUGAGCCGGGCUUCUGGGCGCGCCCAGCGGGAGCCCAGGCGGGCUCCUGCGUCUCACUUUACGCCAACUGGCUGGUAGUGCUCCUCCUGGUCAUCUUCCUGCUGGUGGCCAACAUCCUGCUGCUCAAUUUGCUCAUCGCGAUGUUCAGCCACACCUUCGGCAAAGUUCAGGGCAACAGCGACCUCUACUGGAAGGCGCAGCGGUACAGCCUCAUCCGAGAAUUUCACUCUAGGCCCGCGCUGGCCCCGCCCCUCAUCGUCAUCUCGCACGUGCGCUCCCUCAUCCGUCGACUGCGAAGGCGCUGGGCCCGCUUGCCAUCUUCCCCAGACUCCGAGCAUUUUCGGGUCAUCCUCUCGAAGGAAGCGGAACGGAGGCUGUUGACCUGGGAGUCAGUGCAAAAGGAGAAUUUCCUGCUGGCCUGUGCUCGGGACAAUCGGGACAGCGACUCGGAACGUCUGAAGCGCACGUCCCAGAAGUGGGCGGAGCUGUUAGGCUGCUGCGCAGACCUGAACCUUUGGAUCCCCAGGGUGGACACAGCGCUGAAGCAGCUGAGACAAAUCCGCGAGUAUGAGCAGCGCCUGAAAGGGCUGGAACAGGAGGUCCAGCACUGUAGCCGCGUCCUGGGCUGGGUCGCUGAGGCCCUGAGCCGCUCUGCGUUGCUUCCCCCAGGAGGACCGCCGCCCCCAAGCCCGUCUGGGCCCAAAGAUUAGUGUGUAGGGUCUACCUGCCUGUAUUUGCAGCCUCUGUCACUCCUUACGUCUGUUUCCCUGCUUUCCGGGCCUCUGUUCCUGUAUCUGAUUGUUUUAAUCUUUUACUGCCCUUCCUUUGUUCCUGGUUCCCUCCGGGUCUCCUUUGGGCUUUUUGUGCGUCUUUCUUAUUGCUAGUGUCUAAUUUUUUCUGUUCUCCCCUCCAUGCCCACGACCUGUUCUGUCUUCCCUCAGACUGAACUCUGCUGGGGGACCUCAAGGAGUAGCAGCCAUUGGGAGUUUUGCUCCCAGAAUAAGGCCUAGCUGGUCUGUGACCCCUGCACCUGGCUAGAAGGUCCCUAACCCCUGUACCUGGCAACCUUGUCCUUUGGUGAACCCCAUGGCUCUGGACCACCACUUUGGCCGAUACUCUCAGGAUCACUGCAGGGAGUGUCAUCCGUGCAAACCACAGCAGGCCCGGCUUCUCCCAGAACCGGCCCCACUCUGGGUGGAUUAGCCUCUGGAGCCCAGGCCUUGCCUCUCUGAAGGCUGUAUCGCAGCCCACCGGGCUGGAGAAGGCCGCGGGGUCGUCAAGGUAUAGAAACCACAGAGCCCACUCGCUGUUCCCCACACUGGGGAAAUAAAGCCCUUUGAGAAGA